CAAGGCGCGGGCGCCCUAUCAUGUGGACUUGCUUCAACAGUGAAUACUGCGGCCCUGGUUGCAAAACCACGUUCCGGAGGCAUGAUGUCAACGCUGAACAACCACAGUUUACCAGGCAGGCUAGGACCCCUAGCGGAACCGCACUCGACUGAAAAACCGCGGAUAAAUCUAAAACCCUCGGAUCGCCGAGCUUCCUCACCCUACCCCAUCCCGGCAAAAACGCGUGCCUUGACACGGAAGCGGUUUUGUUCGUUUCGGUUGGCAGCCAACACUUCCAUCUCGCACUUCCGUCGCAGUUCGCAAUCAGGCGCCGCAACACAGAACGCGGACUCAACUGCGGAGACGCCGCUCGCCUCCGAGGAAAACCCCUACACUACAGGCUUCGGAGACGGGGACAGUAGACGCUCCGCUGGUGAGGAUUGUGACCCUCUGACUAAGGCCAAUUCGCUAGUACCAAUGCCGGUGGAUGUCAUCAGAGCGGGAAAGGACCCGACGUCAGCCCUAGUUUGUCGCCCCAUUCCAAUCCUCUUGACAUCCUUUUUCGAUAACAUCUAUAUAUUUUUGCAAUUUCUUUCCAAUUCACGCUUUCCCAUCAACUGCGUUUUGCACUUCUUCGCCCAGCUUCCCCAACUGUCAACAAAGAACACCAUACCGGAGUACAAAGUUCAGGAUAUUAACGCGUCAAAAUGCAUCAUCCUGCACUACAGCAUUUUCAAGAUUGUAUGGGACUGGCUAAUAGUCCUAUGCACCUUCUACUUCGCUGUAGUAGUUCCUUUCAAUGCAACAUUUCAACGUGACAACAACGAGCGCAUUUUACGCAACCUAGAUAUGGUUCUCGAAGUUCUAUUUAUUUUAGGUAAGUUUCUUUCUGAUGUGUUAGCAAGUCAAUGCGAGUAUGCAAAAAUGAAACAAUGCAAUGUAAUAGGAAAAGUAAUCCAGCCUUGA